UAUUUUUGUUAAAAACGUCUUGCGGUCACGCUGAUUGUUGGCGGAUUUGUGCACCGCGUUACAUCAUUUAUAGAUUAAUUAUAGGCAAAAUAAACGGUAUUUGUGCAGCGCCAAGCGAGAAAACAAAUCACCAGGUGUAGUGCAUGGUAGUGGACAAUUGGAAGGCAACUUAACCAACAGCAAACCACAAGGACAGCAGACAGGCAACAAAAACAACGGGGCUGCGUGUUUUGGGAAUCGCGUUCGCCGGAAACAACAUAAACAUACGAUGAGCGAAAGCACAAAUCAGUUUUGUGCCAUAGCUUUUUGAGUACUUUAACCCCCCCUCAAAAGAAAAAAAAACAAAAAAAAAUCAAAACAAACAAAAUAAUUAAGACAAAUUUAGUGCAAAUUUGACGGCGACAACAACAAGUUCAGUAAGCAGAGCGAUCGAUAACGAUAACACACGUGCAUUACUCUCCUUUCCUUUUAUCGUGCCAAUUUGUUAAGCUUUUACUUUAAUUUUUUUUUAUGUUUGUUUCAUCAUAGUUUUUGUUGUUGUUGUUGCACGCGUGGCCAGCCUAAAAGGGGGGGAAGCGUCGACGGUGGCAUCAAGAGAGGGGAUUCCUUCAUCUAGGCUACAUACCUUUUGUUUUGUAUCAAAAUUCUCUCUCUCCUCUCUCUGUGACGUUUUUGGCGAAAAACAAUAAACAAUAAAAACAAAAAAUAAACAUAAAUAAUGGCGGCCUAUCUGAAUCGCACCAUUUCACUGGUGACCGGCCAAACGGGCCCCAACAAUAACGACGAUAAAAACUCAACGGCCACCGAUACCGUGGACGAUUCACGUCACAAUCUAUCGCUGCAAACAUCGGCGUCAUCGACAUCGGCCAAUUUCAAUCCAAUGAUGUACCAAACAAACGAUAAAUCGCCGCUGCAGAUAUUUGUGCGCGCCAAGAAGAAGAUUAACGACAUCUAUGGAGAAAUUGAGGAAUACGUGCUCGAGACCACAACCUUCAUCAAUGCACUGCACGCGGAUGCCGAAAUUGUGGACAAAGCGGAGCGGGAACUGUUCGAGAGCUAUGUGUUUAAGGUGGCCGCCAUACGCGAAGUACUGCAGCGGGAUCACAUGAAAGUCGCGUUCUUUGGCCGCACCUCCAAUGGCAAGAGCUCUGUGAUCAAUGCGAUGUUGCGCGAAAAGAUUUUGCCCAGCGGCAUUGGGCACACAACAAAUUGCUUCUGUCAGGUGGAGGGCAGCGAUGGCGGCGAAGCGUAUCUCAUGAAAGAGGGCUCCGAUGAGAAGCUCAACGUGGUGAACAUUAAACAGCUAGCGAAUGCUUUGUGCCAGGAGAAACUCUGCGAGAGCAGCUUGGUACGCAUCUUUUGGCCCCGAGAACGUUGCAGUUUGUUGCGCGAUGAUGUUGUGUUUGUCGACUCGCCGGGCGUUGAUGUCUCCGCCAAUUUGGAUGAUUGGAUUGACAAUCAUUGUCUCAAUGCCGAUGUCUUUGUGCUCGUUUUGAAUGCCGAAUCGACAAUGACGCGCGCCGAGAAGCAAUUCUUUCACACCGUCUCGCAGAAGCUAUCGAAACCCAAUAUCUUUAUAUUGAACAAUCGCUGGGAUGCUUCGGCCAAUGAGCCAGAGUUCCAGGAAUCGGAGCUGGCUAAGGUGAAAUCACAGCACACGGAGCGCUGCAUCGAUUUCCUCACCAAGGAGCUGAAGGUGAGCAACGAAAAGGAGGCAGCCGAACGUGUGUUCUUCGUGUCCGCCCGUGAAACGCUGCAGGCGCGCAUUGAGGAAUCGAAGGGCAAUCCACCGCACUUGGGCGCCAUCGCGGAAGGCUUUCAGAUACGCUACUUUGAGUUCCAGGACUUUGAGCGUAAAUUCGAGGAAUGCAUCUCGCAGAGUGCCGUCAAAACCAAAUUCCAACAGCACAGUUCGCGCGGUAAAAGCGUGUCGGGCGAUAUGCGAUCGAUGCUCGACAAUAUCUACGAACGCAUCACGAUCUUUCGCAAUCUGAAACAGGAUCAAAAGAAUUUGCUAACCGAACGCAUUCAAGGCACCGAGACACAAAUGAUGCAAGUCACACGUGAGAUGAAAAUGAAGAUACACAAUAUGGUCGAAGAGGUCGAGGAGAAGGUCUCAAAGGCCCUCAACGAAGAGAUUUGGCGUCUCGGUGUGCUGAUCGAUGAGUUCAAUAUGCCGUUCCAUCCCGAACGUCUGGUGCUCAACAUCUACAAGAAGGAAUUGAAUGCCCAUGUCGAGAGCGGUUUGGGCAGCAAUUUGCGUGCUCGUCUCUCGAUGGCGCUGGCCAUGAAUGUGGAGUCCGCACAGAACGAGAUGACGGAUCGAAUGCAUGCUCUGGUCCCGAAUGAACAACUCGUGACGAAUAGCAGCAAAAUGGUGGUGCGAACGCAACCAUUCGAGAUGCUCUAUUCGCUGAAUUGCCAGAAUUUGUGCGCCGAUUUUCAGGAGGAUCUCGAGUUUAAGUUCAGCUGGGGCAUUGCGGCGAUGAUUCAACGUUUCACCGGCAAGGUGCGAGAGCGCAGCAAAAAAGCAAACCCGGCGCUGAUCAAUCGCCAGAGCAGUAUUGGGCACACUGUGGUCACGCCUGUUAGCACGCCGGUGGAAACAACGCCCGUCUGUUUGCUGCCCACGCCGGGCGUUGUGGGCGGGAUUACGCCGGAACAGCUGUCGAUUAUAUCACGCUUUGCCAUGUCCUCGAUUGGUUCGCAGGGCACCGUUGGCGGUUUGGUUGUCGCUGGCGUUAUGCUGAAAACGAUUGGAUGGCGCGUCCUUGUCGGCAUCGGAGCGCUCUAUGGCUGCAUCUAUCUGUAUGAACGUCUGUCGUGGACCAAUUCAGCCAAGGAGCGCACCUUCAAGGGGCAGUAUGUGCGACAUGCCACCAAGAAGCUUAAAAUGAUCGUCGAUCUGACCUCGGCCAAUUGCAGUCAUCAGGUGCAGCAGGAAUUGUCGAGCACCUUUGCCCGGUUGUGCCGCACUGUGGACACGGCCACCACCGAUAUGAAUGAGGAGCUCAAGACGUUGGAGUCGCAGCUGAAUGUGCUCGAGGCGAAUCAGAAGCAACUGAAGUUGCUGCGCAACAAGGCCAAUUAUAUACAGAACGAGCUGGAUAUAUUUGAGCACAAUUAUAUAGCGCCUCAAUAGGAAGAUAAAGAUAACGACAAAGAUGAUGGAAUGAAAGUCGAUUGUGCAGUGCAGUUCACUCCCCGAAGUUCCAAGCUUUAAACAACACGACAACAACUCAACAACAACAACAACUAGAGAACAACAACAGACGACAACAACGACAACAACAAACACCUAAACAACAACAACUCGCCUCUCGUUUGUUGCAAAACAAAUGAAAAAGCUAUUGAAAUUACAAUUAUUGUGAUUAUUAUCCAUUUUUUUUUGUUUAGUUCGUUUUGCCAAAUUUUUUUUAUUCAAGCAUGUUUCAUUUUUUUUUUUGUGUUGUAUUUAAAAUUUUUGCAGCUAGAAAACAAACUGGUAAAAAAAAAAACAAAGCAGGCCUUUUGUUGUUGUUGCUUUUACAGCAUUCUUAACUAUUAUUAUUAUUAUUAUACUGAUUAUUAUAUAUAUUUUGUUUUUUUUUUCUAUUUUUUGUCAUUCGCGUUGUUGCAACUGAUCAAGAAAAUUGUAAUAAUUAUACAUUUGCUAGAGAAUAUAUGAAAUUUAGUCGAUUGAUUAUUUCGCUCACUUUUUUUUUUAUUGUUGAACAACUGAACAACUCAAAAAGAAAACAAAAAAUAGAAAACAAAAUCAACAAACUACGAGAACUUGUUAAAUAAAUUAAUGUAAAACAGUGAA